ACAUCCAAAACUGAAAUCCUCCGUGAUUACUUUGACAUUGACCCGGUUUUGCCAAUAUUAACUUUUAUGAAUGGACUGCAGGAGACAAAUUUUUUUUAUCAAAAUUUUUCUUAAGAUUGAAAGAGAGUGGGCAACCACCAAGCUGUCAUCAUUGUGUCUUUUUGGCAACUUCUCGACUUUUGAGUUUAUCUAUUCAAACAAUCCAGCAUCACCUCCAGCCUGAGUUCCCUCCUUCAAAGCCUCCUUUCUGUCACCUCUUAGAUCCAAGCAAUGAAGCUUUCUCCUCUUCUUCUUGGCUACCUAUCAGUUCUGCUGCUGCUCUCAGUCCCAGUCUCAUCCUCGCCAUGCCAUUUCCCUGCCGUUGUCAAUCUGGGCGACUCAAAUUCAGAUACAGGUGGUCUCUCAGCCGCCUUCGGGCCGGUCCGCACACCGUACGGUGAGACCUUCUUCAGGAUGCCUGCAGGCAGGUACUCAGAUGGCCGCCUUAUCAUCGACUUCAUUGCUGAGAGCUUUGGAUUGCCAUACCUCAGUGCCUACCUUGAUUCAUUGGGCACGAAUUUCCGGCAUGGUGCUAAUUUUGCGUCCGCAGCAGCUACAAUUAUGCCGCAGAACACAACCCUUUCUCAGGGUGGCUACAGUCCCUUCUCUUUAGAUGUGCAGCUGGAUGAGUUCUUGCAGUUCAAAUCCCGGUCUCAAACGAUCUACGAACGAGGAGGAGUUUACAGGGAAUUGAUGCCCAGAAAGGAGUACUUCUCUCGAGCGCUGUAUACAUUCGACAUCGGUCAGAACGACAUCACUGCCUUCUCUUUCCUUAACAUAUCGGCAAACGAUUACAUCCCGAAUGCUUUGAAUGAGUUCUCGUCGGUGAUAAAGAGCAUCUACGAGGAGGGAGGAAGGUCAUUUUGGAUCCACAACACUGGUCCUCUCGGCUGCCUUUCUUAUGUUUUGUUACGAAUGCCCCUCACAGCAGAACAGUUGGACUCUGCCGGCUGUGCCAUUCCCUACAAUCAACUAGCCCAGCAAUUCAACAGGAUGCUCAAUGAAACAGUAAUCCAGCUAAGAAAGGAUCUUCCUCUCGCAGCGAUCGCAUUGGUCGACAUAUACUCCGUCAAGUACAAACUCAUAAGUGAAGCCACAAAGUACGGAUUUGAGCAGCCACUUAGAGUUUGCUGUGGAUAUGGUGGUGGCGAGUACAACUUCGAUUUCAAUGUGAGAUGCAGUGAUACGGCUGAGGUGAAUGGCACUAAUGUUCUGCUCGGCAAGUCAUGCAAGGAUCCCUCAAAAAGCAUUAUUUGGGAUGGAGUUCAUUACACAGAGGCUGCAAACAGGUGGGUGUUUGAUCAGAUCAAAGGUGGGGCAUUUUCAGAUCCUCCCGUCCCAUUGAGCAUGGCAUGUCGCAGGGAGAAGCCAUGAACCAUGCUGCCUCACGAUAAUGUUUACUAUUAGCUACCAAUAAAACUGCGAGCUGUCCCAAAGCUUCUUCAAUUGGAGAUGCCGCUAGCAAUGUAAACAUUAUAAAAUUCUAAAGGACCAAUUUCUAAUUGUCAUGAUGAUUAUAAUAUAAAUGGAGGGAUUCAGUUCUCGACA